GAGGGAGUAAACUCUGAGUUUGCAAAGCAGAUGUUAAUGAAGUCCGCAAUAACAAGCACAUACUAUUCAACAAGAAGUCGAAAUUUUUUCCUCCACCUCCUCAAGAAAUCCACUACUGUUGCUCAUCUCACCCAAACCCACGCCCAAAUCAUCCUCAAUGGCUUCCAAAAUGAUCUCUCCACCAUUACUAAACUCACCCACAGGCUCUUCGACCUCAAGGCCGUCUCCUACGCACGUCACCUCUUCCACUCCAUCCCAAACCCGGAUCUCUUCCUCUUCAAUGUCCUCAUCAAAGGCUUAUCCAACGCUCAUUCCAUUUCGAUUUAUACCCAUAUGAGGAAAUGCACUCAUCUCAAGCCUAAUAACUUCACCUACGCAUUCGCCAUCGCCUCCGCUUCAACCCUUUCCGAUGAGAAAGUUGGGAUUUUGUUGCAUGAGCAUGCGGUCGUUGAUGGGUAUUCGUUGGAUUUGUUUGUGGGCACUGCUGUUGUUGACUUUUACUUGAAGAUUUGGCGGGUUGACAUGGCGCGAAAGGUGUUUGAUAAAAUGUCUGUAAGAGAUACGGUGUCCUGGAAUUCUAUGAUAUCUGGGUUGGUUAGAAAUUGUUGUUUCGAUGAUGCUGUUCAGGUUUUUGGGGAUAUGCUUAAAGAUAGUGGGAUUCGGUUGGAUUCUACUACUCUGGCAGCUGUUUUACCGGCUUUGGCCGAAUUGCAAGAUUUGAUUUUGGGAAUGGAGGUUCAGUGUUUGGCUUUAAAACUCGGGUUUCAUUCCUAUGUUCAUUUGCUUACCGGACUUAUUUCCUUGUAUUCAAAAUGUGGGGAGAUUGAGGUGGCUAAGUUAUUGUUUGGAGAGAUUGGAAGACCCGAUUUGGUUUCUUAUAAUGCAAUGAUUUCGGGGUAUACCAGCAAUGGUGGGAGUGAGUGUUCUUUGAGGCUAUUCAAACAACUCCUUGGUUCUGGGGAAAAGGUCAAUUCUAGCACAAUUGUGGGGUUGAUUCCUGUUUUUCAUCCCUUUGGCUAUUUUAAUCUUACUACUUGUAUUCAUAGUUUCUGUGUGAAAUCUGGUAUUAUCUCACAAUCUUCUGUUUCAACAGCGUUAACUACUGUUUAUAGCAGACUAAAUGAGAUUAAAUCAGCACGGCUGCUUUUUGAUGAGUCCUCAGAGAAAACGUCAGCGUCUUGGAAUGCUAUGAUCUCAGGGUACACUCAAAAUGGAUCGACAGAAGCUGCAAUAUCUCUUUUCCAAGAAAUGCAGAGAUCCAAAGUUAGUCCCAAUCCUGUCACAUUUACAAGCACUCUUUCGGCUUGUGCUCAGCUUGGAGCACUUAGUCUGGGGAAAUGGGUGCAUGGCCUAGUUAAAAGCAAGAAUUUUGAAACUAAUAUAUACGUCUCAACGGCUUUAAUUGAUAUGUAUGCAAAAUGUGGUGGCAUUACGGAGGCGCGAGAAUUGUUUGACUUGAUGGUGGGGAAAAAUGUGGUGACUUGGAAUGCGAUGAUUUCAGGUUAUGGUCUUCAUGGCCAGGGCCAGGAUGCACUUAGGCUCUUCUCUGAAAUGUCACAUUCUGGGGUUGCCCCGAAUGGUGUUACAUUUCUUUCUCUCCUAUAUGCAUGCAGUCAUGCCGGCUUGGUGAAAGAAGGAGAGGAAAUAUUUCAGUCUAUGAUCCAUGAUUAUCACUUUGAGCCAUUACCUGAACAUUAUGCCUGCAUGGUUGACAUCCUUGGCCGAGCCGGCCAAUUAGAGAAGGCCUUAAAGUUUAUAAAGGAAAUGCCAGUUGAGCCAGGUGCUGCUGAGUGGGGUGCAUUGCUUGGUGCUUGUGUGAUCCACAAGGAUAAAAAGCUUGCUCAAGUGGCUUCUGAGAGGCUAUUUGAAUUGGAUCCAGAAAAUGUAGGAUAUUAUGUUUUACUAUCAAAUUUGUACUCGGCUGAGAGGAACUAUCGACUGGCUGCUUCAGUACGCCAAGAUGUUAAGAAAAGAAAAUUGGCAAAGAUUCCCGGAUGCACUCUAAUUGAGAUUGGUGAAACUCCACAUGUCUUUACAUCUGGUGAUAAAUCCCAUCCUCAAGCAUCAGCAAUAUAUGCAGUGCUAGAAAAAUUAAUAAGGAAAAUGAAGGAGGCAGGGUUUCAGACUGAGACUGAUGCUGCACUGCAUGAUGUUGAAGAGGAAGAGAAGGAGCUAGUGAUAAACGUUCACAGUGAGAAAUUGGCCAUUGCCUUUGGUCUUAUUGCUACAGCCCCAGGAACUGAAAUUAGAAUUUUUAAGAAUCUUCGAGUUUGUGUAGAUUGUCAUAGUGCUACUAAAUUUAUAUCCAAGAUUACUGAGAGAGUCAUUGUGGUCCGGGAUGCUAAUCGGUUCCAUCAUUUUAAAGAUGGUCUGUGUUCCUGUGGGGACUAUUGGUGAUGGAACAACAACUCAGCUCAUUAAAUAAUAGUUUGGAGGGAGAAGCAAAUCAAGAUCGAGUUCUAUCCUCC